AGAUCAUUCCUGAUGUCUCUUUUGUUGUUAGUCGGGAGAGCCUGAGGUCUGCUGGUACUGAAGGCUAGCAACUACGAGUACCAGAGGCGAGACCUCGCGGACCCCUGCUGCCCCAAAGAUGGCCCAUUUCUCCAGUGACGACCAGGCGAUGCUGCAGGCGAUGCUGAGGCAGUUGUUCCAGAGCGUGAAGGAGAAAAUCACGGGUGCCCCUUCCCUGGAGUGUGCCGAGGAGAUUCUUUUACAUCUGGAGGAAACUGAUGAAAAUUUUCACAACUAUGAAUUCGUGAAAUACCUCAGACAGCAUAUAGGCAACACUUUGGGUUCUAUGAUUGAAGAAGAAAUGGAAAAAUGCACAUCUGAUCGGAAUCAGGGUGAAGAAUGCGGCUAUGAUACAGUUGUACAGCAGGUCACUAAAAGAACUCAGGAAUCUAAAGAGUACAAAGAAAUGAUGCAUUACCUGAAGAACAUUAUGAUAGCUGUGGUCGAGUCUAUGAUUAACAAGUUUGAAGAAGAUGAGACACGAAAUCAAGAAAGGCAGAAAAAUAUCCAAAAGGAGAAAAGCCGUAGUUACUGCACAGACAAUUGCUCUGAUAGUGAUUCAUCAUUCAAUCAGAGUUACAGAUUUUGUCAAGGAAAAUUACAAUUGAUUUUAGACCAGUUGGAUCCUGGGCAACCUAAAGAGGUGAGAUAUGAAGCCUUGCAAACAUUAUGUUCAGCUCCUCCAUCUGAUGUCCUGAACUGUGAAAAUUGGACUACUCUCUGCGAAAAACUGACAGUGUCUCUUUCAGAUCCUGAUCCUGUGUUUAGUGACCAGAUUUUAAAAUUCUGUGCACAGAUAUUUUCUCUUUCUCCAUUACAUAUGACCAAGGAAAUUUAUAUAAGCUUAGCUAAGUAUUUGGAGUCAUACUUUCUUUCUAGGGAAAAUCAUAUUCCUACUCUUUCAGCUGGUGUAGAUAUAACUAAUCCUAAUAUGACUCGCUUACUUAAAAAGAUUCGUCUUCUAAAUGAAUAUCAGAAAGAAGUUCCAUCUUUCUGGAUUCGUCAUCGAGAGAAGUAUAUGGAAGAAAUUGUGGAGAGUACUUUGUCCUUGUUAACAGUUAAACAUGAUCAAAGCCAUGUUGUCUCACAAAAGAUUUUGGAUCCGAUCUACUUUUUUGCAUUAGUUGAUACCAAGGCUGUGUGGUUCAAAAAGUGGAUGCAUGCACAUUAUAGCAGAACUACAGUAUUAAGACUUCUUGAAAAGAAAUAUAAGUCUCUGGUAACUACAGCCAUUCAACAGUGUGUUCAGUACUUUGAACUGUGUAAGACUAGGAAAGCUGAUGAAACUAUGGGACAUUCAAAGCAUUGCAGAAACAAGCAGAAAACUUUCUACUACUUAGGACAAGAAUUACAAUAUAUUUAUUUCAUUCACUCACUGUGCCUUUUAGGAAGAUUAUUGAUCUAUAAACAAGGCAGAAAACUAUUUCCUAUUAAGCUGAAGAAUAAAAAAGGUUUGGUAUCCCUCAUAGAUCUACUUGUUCUAUUUACCCAACUUAUCUAUUACUCACCAAGUUGUCCAAAGAUGACAUCAACUGCCCAUUCAGAGAAUUACUCUCCUGCAAGUAUGGUGACUGAAGUUCUAUGGAUACUCUGUGAUCAAAAAGAAUGUGCAGUGGAAUGCUUAUAUAACAACAUUGUAAUAGAGACACUUCUUCAGCCUAUUCACAAUUUAAUGAAAGGAAUUGAGGCAUCUCCAAAUUGCUCUGAGACAGCUUUAAUUCAUCUAGCUGGUAUUUUGGCAAGAAUUGCAUCUGUAGAAGAAGGGCUUAUUUUACUCCUUUAUGGAGCAAAUAUGAACUCUUCUGAAGAAAGUCCUACAGGUGCUCAUAUAAUUGCCCAGUUUUUGAAAAAACUUCUCGAUGAAGAUAUUUCUGCAUUUUCUGGAUCAGAAAUGUUGACUGUGGUUAAAGGAGCUUUUAUUUCUGUGUGUCGUCACAUAUAUAGUACAUGUGAAGGCUUGCAGGUGUUAAUCACUUACAAUUUGCAUGAAUCUAUAGCAAAGGCGUGGAAAAAGACAAGUUUGCUGUCAGAAAGAAUUCCUACUCCAGUAGAGGGUUCUGAUUCUGUUUCUUCAGUAAGCCAGGAAUCCCAAAAUAUUAUGGCUUGGGAAGAUAAUUUGUUAGAUGAUUUACUACAUUUUGCUGCCACCCCCAAAGGAUUACUACUUCUUCAAAGAACAGGUGCUAUCAAUGAAUGUGUGAUGUUUAUAUUCAACCGAUAUGCAAAAAAAUUACAGGUCAGCAGGCAUAAAAAAUUUGGCUAUGGAGUUUUGGUUACGCGAGUGGCAUCAACAGCAGCAGGUGGCAUUGCACUAAAAAAGUCAGGGUUUAUUAACGAACUUAUAACUGAAUUAUGGUCCAAUCUGGAAUAUGGAAGAGAUGAUGUUAGGGUAACCCAUCCCAGAACUACUCCAGUGGAUCCUAUUGACCGAAGCUGUCAAAAGUCGUUUUUAGCACUGGUGAACUUGUUAUCCUGUCCUGCUAUUUAUGAGCUUGUAAGGAAUCAAGAUCUUCCUAAUAAAACAGAAUAUUCUCUUCGUGAAGUCCCAACGUGUGUUAUUGAUAUUAUUGAUAGACUUAUAAUUUUGAAUUCUGAAGCUAAGAUUCGUUCUUUAUUCAACUAUGAACAAUCACAUAUCUUUGGUCUAAGGUUAUUAAGUGUGAUAUGCUGUGAUCUGGACACUCUUCUCCUGUUAGAGGCUCAGUAUCAGGUAUCUGAAAUGUUACUAAAUGCUCAAGAAGAAAAUAUCUUGGAGACUUCUGAGAGCCACAGGGACUUUAUAAUUGAUGGCUUAUCAGUGGAGAGAAAUCAUGUUCUUGUUAGAAUAAAUCUUGUUGGUGGGCCAUUGGAACGGAUUUUGCCUCCGAGGAUACUCGAAAAGAGUGAUAAUCCAUAUCCUUGGCCAAUGUUUUCAUCAUAUCCAUUGCCAAACUGCUAUCUGUCAGACAUUACGAGAAAUGCCAGUAUAAAACAAGACAAUGAUCUUGACAAGCUUUUAUUAUGCCUCAAAAUAUCUGAUAAACAAACUGAAUGGAUAGAAAACUGCCGAAGACAAUUUUGCAAAAUGAUGAAAGCCAAACCUGAUAUAAUCAGUGGAGAGGCCUUAGUAGAAUUACUUGAAAAAUUUGUGCUUCAUCUCACUGAAAGCCCAUCUGAAUGCUGCUUCCCUUCAGUGGAGUAUACAGCUACUGAUGCAAAUGUGAAGAAUGAAAGUCUUUCAUCUGUGCAGCAGCUUGGCAUUAAAAUGACUGUCAGGUAUGGCAAAUUCCUCAAUCUCUUAAAAGAUGGUGCAGAAAAUGAUCUUACCUUAGUUUUAAAGCAUUGUGAGAGAUUCCUGAAACAGCAGCAAACUUCCAUAAAAUCUUCUCUUCUCUGCCUGCAAGGGAAUUAUGCUGGCCAUGACUGGUUUGUAUCUUCUCUGUUCAUGAUAAUGUUGGGAGACAAAGAAAAAACAUUCCAAUUUCUUCGUCAAUUCUCCAGGCUUCUGACUUCUGCUUUUCUUUGGUUGCCAAGGCUACAUAUUUCUAGUUACCUACCUAAUGACACUGUAGAAUCUGGCAUCCAUCCAGUAUAUUUUUGCAGCACCCAUUAUAUUGAAAUGCUACUGAAGACUGAGUUGCCUCUUGUGUUUUCAGCUUUUCACAUGUCUGGUUUUGCACCAUCACAGAUUUGCCUGCAAUGGAUAACCCAGUGUUUUUGGAAUUAUUUAAAUUGGAUAGAAAUCUGCCAUUAUAUUGCUACUUGUGUUUUCCUUGGUCCUGAUUAUCAAGUGUAUAUAUGUAUAGCUAUAUUCAAACAUUUACAGCAAGACAUUCUACAGCACACUCAGACUCAAGAUCUGCAAGUUUUCCUAAAAGAAGAAGCACUGCAUGGUUUUCGAGUGAGUGAUUAUUUUGAAUACAUGGAAAUUUUGGAACAAAACUACCGAACAGUGCUGCUGAGAGACAUGCGGAACAUUAGACUGCAGAGCACAUAGAUCAUGAGACACACAGUUUAAAUUCAGGUUUUAUUUAUUUUUAAAGGCAGCAGGGGGGCUUGAUGGUUUUCUGUGUCUGUAACAACAUUUAACUUGCGAAUAUACAUAUUAUAAAUCCUGAGAAGUAUAACGAUAUAUUUAAGUAGGUAUGAGCUCAAUUUGUGAAUUCAUUUUUGUAAAUUUGUUGUUUUGUAAGGUUAUUAUAGAAUCAGAUCUAGCUUACUUAUAGUUCUUAUUCAUAUUUAAGAGUUAGUCCUGGCCGGGCGUGGCGGCUCAUGCCUGUAAUCCCAGCACUUUGGGAGUCUGAGGUGGGCAGAUCACGAGGUCAAGAGAUCGAGACUAUCCUGGCCAACAUGGUGAAACCUUG